AGGAUGCAGCGCGCUGGCGGGAGGUUUGGAGCGGAUGGCUACUGUAUCCGCGUGGGGCCUCCGGUAUGUUGCCGCUGCGUUGAGUUUCAUAAGUAAAAGCCACACCUUUGAUUUACCUACCCUAUCUUCUUUGCUGAUGAAGCUGAAACUACUCUGUGAUGCCUGUUGUCCCAGAUCUUUCUGUUAAUUGCCUAACAACAAACCAGUUUAGAAACAUCAACUGGAAUCAAUUUGCAUUUGAAAAUUAGAUCAGCACAAAGACUUGAUAUUGUGGAAUGACUAGCAAACAAGCAAUGUCAUCUAACGAACAAGAAAGGCUCUUGUGUUAUAAUGGGGAAGUCCUUGUUUUCCAGUUGUCUAAAGGAAAUUUCGCAGAUAAAGAGCCUACAAAAACAUCCAUAUUACAUGUCAGAAGAAUGGUAUUUGACAGAGGAACAAAAGUAUUUGUUCAGAAGUCCACUGGAUUUUUUACCAUAAAGGAAGAAAACUCUCACUUAAAAAUCAUGUGUUGCAACUGUGUGUCAGAUUUCAGAACUGGAAUUAACCUCCCUUAUAUUGUGAUAGAAAACAAUAAAAAGAAUAGUGUUUUUGAAUAUUUUUUACUAAUCCUUCACAGUACCAAUAAAUUUGAAAUGCGUUUGAGUUUUAAACUAGGCUAUGAGAUGAAGGAUGGCCUAAGGGUCCUUAAUGGCCCUUUAAUUUUAUGGAGGCAUGUCAAAGCAUUCUUCUUUAUCUCUUCUCAAACUGGCGAAGUUGUUAGUUUGUCAGGUAACUUUUCCUCUAUUCACUGGGCAGGGGAGAUUGAAAAUUUAGGUAUGGUUUUAUUGGGACUAAAGGAAUGUUGUUUAUCUGAGGAAGAAUGUACUCAAGAGCCUUCAAAAUCAGAUUAUGCAAUUUGGAAUACCAAAUUUUGUGUAUAUUCUCUUGAAAGUCAAGAAGUAUUAAGUGACACAUACAUUAUUCCUCCUGCUUACAGCAGUGUGGUGACUUGUGUACAUAUUUGUGCAACUGAGAUCAUCAACAACCAGUUAAGAAUAUCUCUCAUUGCCCUUACUCGAAAGAAUCAGCUGAUUUCAUUUCAGAAUGGAACUCCUAAAAGUGUGUGCCAGCUUCCAUUUGGAGAUCCUUGUGCAGUUCAACUUAUGGAUUCAGGUGGAGGAAACCUCUUUUUCGUUGUAUCCUUUAUAUCCAAUAAUGCUUGUGCUGUAUGGAAAGAGAGCUUUCAGGUUGCUGCUAAAUGGGAAAAACUUAGCUUAGUACUGAUAGAUGACUUUAUUGGAAGUGGAACUGAACAAGUACUCCUACUUUUUAAGGACUCCUUGAACUCAGAUUGCCUGACUUCAUUUAAAAUAACGGAUCUUGGAAAAAUAAACUAUUCAAGUGAACCAUCGGAUUGCAAUGAAGAUGACUUAUUUGAAGACAAACAAGAGAAUCGUUACCUCGUGGUUCCACCUCUAGAAACAGGACUGAAAGUUUGUUUUUCUUCUUUUCGGGAAUUACGGCAGCAUCUCUUGCUUAAGGAAAAAAUUAUUUCAAAAUCUUACAAAGCUUUAAUAAACCUGGUUCAAGGAAAAGAUGAUAAUACAUCAAGUGCAGAGGAGGUAAAAGAAUGUCUUGUUCCUCUUUGUGGUGAAGAAGAAAAUUCUGUCCAUAUCUUAGAUGAAAAGUUAUCAGACAAUUUUCAAGAUUCAGAACAGCUAGUAGAGAAGAUAUGGUAUCGUGUAAUGGAUGAUAGCUUGGUUGUUGGAGUGAAAACUACAUCUUCUUUGAAGCUGUCCCUGAAUGAUGUGACUUUAUCAUUGUUAAUGGAUCAAGCCCAUGACUCCAGAUUUCGGCUUCUUAAGUGUCAAAAUAGAGUGAUUAAGUUGAGUACAAAUCCUUUCCCAGCACCAUACUUGAUGCCGUGUGAAAUAGGAUUGGAAGCAAAAAGGGUCAAGUUGACCUCUGAUAGCAAGAAAGAGGAAAGCUUUGUUUGUGGACACCCAUCUAAGAAAGAGUGUGUACAGAUAAUUACUGCUGUAACAUCUCUUUCACCACUUUUAGCAUUCAGUAAAUUUUGUUGCACUGUACUGCUACAAAUUAUGAAGAGAGAAAGUGGUAACUGUCCUAAAGAUCGUUAUGUUGUGUGUGGCAGAGUUUUUUUAAGUCUAGAAGAUCUUUCAACUGGGAAGUACCUACUGACAUUUCCAAAGAAGAAACCUAUAGAGCACGUGGAAGAUCUUUUUGCACUUCUUGCAGCAUUCCACAAAUCUUGUUUUCAAAUCACAUCACCCAGCUAUGCCCUGAAUUCAAUGAAGGUGUGGCUCUUAGAACAUAUGAAGUGUGAAAUAAUCAAAGAAUUUCCAGAAGUGUACUUUUGUGAAAGGCCGGGAAGUUUCUAUGGGACACUCUUCACUUGGAAACAGAGAACACCAUUUGAAGGGAUUUUAAUAAUCUAUUCCAGGAAUCAAACAGUUAUGUUCCAGUGCCUUCAUAAUCUCAUCAGAAUUCUCCCUAUAAACUGUUUCCUCAAAAAUCUAAAAUCAGGAAGUGAGAAUUUCCUAAUUGAUAAUAUGGCAUUUACUUUGGAGAAGGAACUAGUCACCCUUAGUUCUCUUUCUUCUGCCAUAGCUAAACAUGAAAGCAAUUUUAUGCAGAGGUGUGAAGUGAGCAAAGGAAAGAGUAGUGUCGUCGCACCUGCUUUAUCAGACAGAAGGGAAAAUACCCAUCCCUACAGAAAAGAACUUCAGAGAGAAAAGAAGAAAAUGUUGCAAACGAACCUAAAAGUGAGUGGUGCCCUUUACAGAGAAAUAACUUUGAAAGUAGCUGAGGUUCAGUUCAAAUCAGACUUUGUUGCACAGAAACUGAGUAAUUUAUAA